GUUGGGUAAGGGUUGGUUGCACAUUUAAAAAUUGGGGGUUACAUUUCGAUCUCUGUCGAGAUUCCAGAUGGAUUCUUUAGCUAAUGAAACAUGUCAAUUCUUAGCCUUCUCUCAGUUUCUCAGGAAAACAGAACCUGCAGCGGCCAUAAAUCCCACUCAAAACUUAGAACCCUAUUGUUUUCUGAUCCAGAUCCGAAAUUUUCAAGUCCUAUAGCCAAGGACCUUGGUGUAACUAUUUAAACUGACUUUAUAAUUUUGGUUUUUCUUGGUAGUUACUGCAAUUAUUUUAAGUCUUAUACCUCCAUUACAGGAACUCAGGUUUAAUGCUUAUGGUUCCAGCCACUUUUUCCCUACAUGGGUCCUUCUCAAACUCCUGGAUGUCGUCUCUCUUCCCACGAAAAUUCACAGAGCAGACAGCUUUUGCAAAUUUCCGAAAGUUGUUUGUGGCAAAUUUUGGUAGACUCAAUUCGGUUGGUAAUAUCAGUACUGCAAUUUGCCAUGGUUUCGAUAAGUUCUCGGAUGGAGAAAUGGGAGAAGACGUUAGUGGAAAUCUCAGAAAAGAGGGAUUUUAUUUUCUUCAUUCGAUGGAAAUCCAUGGUAUUCCUGCUGAUUUUAAUACCUAUCUUUGGCUUCUGAAGGGAUGUCAGAACUCUGGGUCAUUAACACAUGCUAAGCAGCUACAUGGAAGGAUUUUGAAACUGGGUUUUGAUAGUGAACCCAGUUUGUGUAAUGAACUAAUUGAUAUUUAUUCUGGUUAUGGUGACUUAGAUGACGCUAUUGAGGUGCUUGCUACAUUUUCUCAACGAAGUGUAUAUUCUUGGAAUAGUAUUAUUUCUGGGGCUCUUGCAAGGAAAUCAAAUCGUAGGGUAUUGAGUUUAUUUUCACAGAUGCUAGCGGACCAUGUGAACCCUGAUGAAGGCACUUUUAUCAAUGUUUUAAGGGCAUGUGUUGGUGCCAAUGUUGCUAUCCAUUUUAUUGAACAGAUCCAUGCGAAGAUUAUUCGUAAGGGUUUUGCUACUUAUCCAGUUGUUUGUAACCCCUUGAUUGAUUUGUUUUCAAAGAAUGGAUUUGUAGAUUCAGCUCAAUUUAUCUUUGAAGAAUUAUGUUCAAAGAGUAGUAUCUCUUGGGUAGCUAUGAUCUCUGGUUUUGCUCAAAAUGGCCGUGAAGAAGAAGCUCUCCUCUUCUUCUGCCAAAUGCGGAAAUUAAAUAUUAAACCAACACCUUAUGUGUUCUCAAGUGUCUUAAGUGCCUGCACUAAAAUUGAUUUCUUCAGGCUGGGAGAGCAGCUACAUGCACAAGUUUUCAAGAUGGGGUUCUCUUCUGAAACUUUCGUGUGCAAUGCUCUCAUCACCCUAUAUUGCCGUUGCAUCAACUUGAUAGCUGCUGAGCAGAUUUUCACUGGUAUGAACCAUCGAGAUGGAAUCACCUACAACUCGCUUAUAUCUGGGCUUGCACAACAGGGGAAAAGUGAUAAAGCUUUUCAACUGUUUGGCAUGAUGCAGCUUACAAGCUUGAAACCAGACUGUGUUACCAUUGCAAGUCUCUUGAGUGUCUGUGCCUCUGUUGGGGCUUUUGACAAGGGAAAACAGCUCCACUCCUAUUCUGUAAAGGCAGGGAUUUCUUCUGAUAUAAUUAUUGAAGGUUCUUUGCUUGACUUAUAUGUUAAGUGUUCUGACAUAGCAACGGCCCAUGAAUUUUUCAAUAUAACAGCUAAGGAAAAUGUAGUUCUCUGGAAUGUUAUGCUUGUGGCUUAUGGGCAGUUGGGUCAUCUAAGAGAGUCGUCUGAGAUAUUCUCCCAAAUGCAAGUUGCUGGUAUGAAGCCUAAUCAGUAUACAUAUCCGAGUAUACUUAGAACAUGUACUUCUUUGGGAGCCCUUGAUCUUGGAGAGCAGAUCCAUGCCCAUGUCAUAAAAACUGGCUUUGAGCAUAAUGUAUAUGUCUGCAGUGUGCUUAUUGAUAUGUAUGCUAAACACAAAAAAUUGGUGGUUGCCAGGGAAAUCCUUGAAGGGCUCAUCGAAGAUGAUGUGGUUUCAUGGACAGCCAUGAUUGCAGGGUAUGCACAACAUGAGUUCUAUGUUGAUGCUAUAAGACUUUUCGAAGAAAUGCAAAUUCGAAGGAUUCAAUCAGAUAACAUAGGAUUAUCCAGCGCUCUCAGUGCAUGUGCUGGAAUUCAAGCAUUAAACCUAGGACAACAAAUUCAUGCUCAAUCUUGCAUUUCUGGUUACUCAAUGGAUCUUUCAAUUGGGAAUGCUCUUGUUAGCCUUUAUGCUAGAUGUGGUAGACUACAAGAGGCAUAUUCUGCGUUUGAGACAAUUGAUGUUAAAGAUGAAAUAUCAUGGAAUGGAUUAAUAUCAGGAUUUGCACAGAGUGGCCAUUGUGAAGAUGCUUUACAGGUGUUUGUCCAGAUGAAUCAAGCAGGUUUGGAUGCUAACUUAUUCACUUUUGGUUCCGCAGUUAGCGCUGCUGCUAAUAUUGCCGACAUAAAACCAGGGAAGCAGAUCCAUGCCCGAAUGAUAAAAACUGGUUAUGACUAUGAGAUUGAGGCUGGUAAUGUUUUAAUUACAUUGUAUGCUAAGUGUGGGAACAUUGAUGAUGCCAGGAGGCAGUUUUCUCAAAUGCUUGAGAGAAAUGAAGUAUCAUGGAAUGCCAUGAUCACAGGUUAUUCUCAACAUGGAUGUGGUAGUGAAGCCUUGGAUCUCUUUGAGGAGAUGAAACAACAAGGUUUCUCACCAAACCAUGUUACAUUUGUGGGUGUUCUGUCUGCUUGCAGUCAUGUGGGUUUGGUAAGAGAAGGGCUCAAUUACUUCAAGUCCAUGAAUGAUGAACAUGGUAUAGUUCCAAGACCAGAGCAUUAUGCUUGUGUUGUUGAUAUUCUUGGACGGGCUGGCAUGUUGGAUCAUGCAAGGAAAUUCAUAAAGGAGAUGCCAAUUGAACCAGAUGCAAUGAUCUGGAGGACUCUUCUAAGUGCUUCUGCAGUUCAUAAGAAUACUGAAAUUGGGGAAUUUUCUGCUCAACAUCUUGUGGAAUUGGAGCCACAAGACUCGGCAACAUACGUUCUCCUAUCAAAUAUAUAUGCAGUGGCUAGGAAAUGGGAUCGUAGGGAUCAAACGAGGCAGAUGAUGAAAGAAAGAGGGGUAAAGAAGGAGCCUGGUCGUAGCUGGAUUGAAGCUGAGAACAAUAUUCAUUCAUUUUUUGUUGGUGACCGUUUGCACCCACUAUCCGAUAAGAUAUACGAAUUCUUAGAGGAUCUGAAUGAACGGUUAGCUGAAAUUGGUUAUGUGCAGGACCAUUGUAGUCUUUUGCAUGAUAUUGAGCAAGGGAACAAGGACCCGACUGCUUAUAUUCACAGUGAAAAGCUAGCAGUUUCUUUUGGGCUCAUUAGUUUGUCCCCUGCAAUACCAAUACGUGUAAUUAAGAAUCUUCGUGUUUGUAAUGAUUGCCAUAAUUGGAUGAAGUUUGUCUCUAAGGUUUCUAAUCGGGUUGUUGUGGUGCGAGAUGCAUACCGCUUUCAUCAUUUUGAAGGUGGCAUAUGUUCGUGUAGAGAUUACUGGUGAUUGGGAGGGGCUUAUUAUUUUUCUUCUCUUCGAAGCAUGCUCAAAUCUUCAGCUUUUGCACAGCACUUGUUGUCAUUGCUCAAACGGUUGCAGCAUUGGACAAUAUAUUAUACCACACAGAGAUAGUGGUAUAUUUUGCAUCUAUCAGAAAUUUCUGCUCAUCCAUAAUCCAUUCACCACAGCAGCACCGCAAAAUGCAUUAGCCACUAUUUUAUCGAUUUGUCCCAACUGUAAUAUAGCUCUAUAUCUUCUACCCUAACACAUGGGUUAAGGAGACGAUUGCACCUUCAGAUGAAGCAAGGCUGGAUAUGCAGCUUGAAUGAGCAUGGAGUUUCCACUACCUGCAUGAUCAAGUAUCACCGAUAGUGACUUAUUUUGUCCCAUGAAACACAAACAUUUAAAUCUUGCUCGCUAUCAGUUCUAUGGAUAGAGAGUGAGGGGAAUCUGUUUUCUGUUACUUGGAAUUCAAAGAUCUCUGGGUAUGGACAUUGUGGAAAAACAUAAUCAAAGCCAUGAUCGUAAGCAAUGUCCAUCACGAUCUCGAAUGAAACUAUCCAUGGAAUUGUGUGCCAUAUGAAACAUAGAUCAUCGCCAUUCUUAACCGAGACUGAGGUUAAGCUCCAUCUUAGAACCUUGUGGAGUUAGGAGUAGAGAAUCCCAAGGUUGGCACAUCUCGUUGGGCAUGGAGAAGCAUUGGGAAUGAGACAGCUUAAUAGCUUCUGAGCACCAUGAGAAGAGUUGGAUUUGCGUUAGAUCAGUACACCUAAGCAUACUGAAGAGAAUUCAUAUGGGAGCAGUUUGAAGGGAAUUUGCAAUGAAGACCUUGCAGCAACUGAAGGCCACAUCCUAUUGCAUUGUGGAUCCAAUAAAGUUUGUUCCAGGCUUACAACUUUCAAUUGUAUUGGAGGGAAUUAAGAAAAAAAGAAGAAGGAAGACAGAGUCUUGUGAAAGAGGACGGAAGGGCUCCUGUGAGUGGUAAUGUUGGAGUUCAUUCUUAAAUUCAAGAAUUUUGUCUGUUUACCUGAGUUCUAUACUUUUGAUUCUUUCUAAAUGGAGCUCCUUGGCUUCCAA